AUGAUUGUCUCCUUUGUACGAAGGCUCAGGCCUCUGAUGAGAGGCUACGGCUGGGAAGACCCCAAGGACAAAUGGUCCAAGAACUGGUGGCAAUAUGCAGACUCUGACUAUACUGGCGAUAAAACUCCUGAAGAAAGAGGCUAUCAACUAGACCAUUGGGAGAAAAGACUCAACGACGAGUGGAAAACAAAGCCAAGAGUUACCCAAACCAAAAGACUAGCUGAAGGUGGCACAGACUCAAGGCAAAUUCUUGAUAUGGAACUUAAAGAAAACCCACUAGGAGAUUACGAUACCAAUGAACAUUUUAUUCCAAAAGGCCAAAUCAAGACCCGAAUUAUUCAUAUUUUGAGGCAUUUUGAAAAGGUUGACUUAAGAAACUUAAAUUGGGAUGCCAAUAUCUUAGAUGGGCUGAAGCUAGAUGAAUUUGAAAGAGUUGCCUUGCUUACGUCAAUUGAGCAUGAAUUUGAGACUGUUAUUGAAGACAAUGUCUUUGAUAGUAUGAAGACUUUGAACGACGCGGUCAAAUACAUUUCUACUGAUCGCUACGUUUUAUAA